AUGUCCAUCGACGACAGAUCCAACAGGUUUGAGGAACCAACAGCCCAACAUCACCCAACAAGCCCAGUUCCCUUCAAACCACCCACGAUGCAGCUCAUCUACCUUAUAAACUUCUUCUCCCAACUUCUUCCGCUAUCCCUCUUGAUCGCCAACACGCUACGCCCUCGCCUUCCUACUCAGCAGCUCCCAAUCCAAGCGACAGAGUCACAGCAACGUUCCACCUUGGACGACCUGCCAAUACCGCAACCUUCGAGCAGCUUCGUCGUGCACGCGUAUGCUCCGCAAGGGCCGCCAGAAUACCUACGAAGCCCAUCUAAUACGCCGAUCCCAGCCCAUCCACCUCCUCUCACAGCACCCCCAGACCACAGGUACCAAGCCUGCCUGCCCAAGGUCUACCUAGGUCAACUCCCUCAACAGCCACAAGCGCAUUCCACAACAUCCUUGCUCACGGCCCAAGCACUUCCCCUAGUCAUCAUCUGGGUGAUCUAUUUCGUCUUCUUACCGAUCGCAGUAGCCUUUCUGCUUCAACGGUGGGCAUUGGUACCGGAGACGUUGCCAGUCGGUAUGCAUCAGAGAGAUCCAGGAGGGGAGGGGAAGCUGCCCGUGGGAAGACUCAAAAGCCCAGAAGGCGACGGCCGAAAAGAAACGGGCAGCAGAGCACCGCAACAGCAGCCCGACAAGCCAGGAACAUCCGGACCUCGCAACAGCAACGCCGGUAGCGGUAUAGAGCAAGGCCGCAUCUGGAACAAGCGUUCGGGUAUGGUUUUCGCAACAGGAAGAGGCGUCCUCGGGAGACCAAGAGGAGGAGACAAGGGGUUGCCCUCUCGAGCAACGACAACGAGUCCUACCGCGCCUGCUGCGAAGGAUACGCAUAAGCGAAUGAAUCCUGGCGAUGAUGUGCACAUCCACCUUGCGCUGUUUCCUGUGCCAGCAUUCUUCGCUGAAGGCGGUGAUGGGGCUGGCAAGGGUGGCCAUGGUGCUGGCCGUCACAGUGGCGAUGACGAUAUCAUGGACCUCGACCAGCCUCCAACACCACCGCCAAAGCCCAAGAAGAGGAAGAACCGUCGGUACCGAGGAAAGCCGCAUCCAUCGCCAAACAACAGAGGCAGCCCAAGCCAUGCCGGCCCAUCACUUCCGGUCAACUGGACGCCCUUCUUUGACAAGCCCUACCACUCCGCCUCUUCGCACUCGUCAGGCAGCUACUGGUCCAAAGAAGACGGCUGGCCGCCCACCUCCCCUGACCCCCCUUCCACGCCCUCACUCACUUAUCACGAUCCACAGGUUCCUUUACCCGAGCCCGACGAUGCAUUGGGCGCAUUCAUCCUCCACAACGACCCACCUCCCACACACCACCUCCGCCGCGAGACUCGCAAGAUCAGGGACGAGACGUACGAGUGUCCGCGAACCUACUACGCCGAGGAUUGGAUGUCCGCCAAGAACAGGGCAGCGGCGGCAAAGGGCAAGGGGAGGGAGAGGAUGAGUGUUGCGGAAAAGGAGGCGAAGAUGAGGCUGGGGAGCUGGAAGAAUAUCUUCACAGGGCAAGGAAGCAGGGCGGCGGAGAGGGCGAGAGAGGAGGGAGUUGCGAGGGAGAGGGCUGAGGAGGAGAGGGUGAGGACGAUGAGGGCUGUGUUGGCGGAGAGGAGGGAUGGCAGGGAGGAUAGCGCGGUGAAGGACGAGGAUGAGAAUGAAGAGAUGAGUCUCGAUGGUGUGGAGGAUAGUGAGAACGAGAAGGGAUUCGAUGGUGGUGAGGAGGCGGAAAGUGAUGAUGAGGGCAGGAGGCGUGGUGAUGAGAUGGAGGUCGACGAUAGCAGAGGGCAGGAGGACGUGGCUGGUCCUUCCUUGCGAUACAGAGGACGAAAGCGGAAGGCGCAGGAGGAUGAUGCGGACGAGCAGCCGCAGGCGGCGACGAACGAGAGCCGCAUGUCGAAGGUGCGGAAGAUGUGGAGGGCGAAACUUGCAGCGAAGGAGCUCCGGAGGUUUGUUGAGUAG